UGUACCUAAACGUACUGUUCGUAACAGUUUUAAUAUCUAAAUUUAUGAAUAUAGCAAAAUCAUAUUUCUGUGGUGUUAUUUUUUCAUUUGGUAGUAUAUUUAUUAAAACUGCUUCGGGGAAGAAGUGAAUACACGCAAUAAAAUUUACAUAAAAUGAAAAUAAAAUGAAUUUAUAUAUUUUGAUUUUGUCCGGAUUGCAAGGACACCCGGACAAUAAUUUAAACCUCUUAAAUUCUUUAACUAUCGAGCAACUUCAAAAUGUUUCAAUGUCUCAAAAAAAAUCGCAAUUUCUAAAUGGAUUCAAAUCAAGCAUAAUCAUUUUUUUUCACGAUUGUUGUACUAGAUUAGAAAAUAUUUUUAAACAAACAAUCUACUUGUAACGUUAUCUUAAGAGUUUCGCCUUAAGAGAAAAGAUAAGAAGAACCUAUAUUUACUAUUGAUUUAUCAAAAUUAAUUUAAUAACAAUUCCGAAAAUGAUGCUCUACAUAGCACUUUUUUGGGCAUUUACAACUGUUAACUCGGAGUUAAUUUCCUUAGUAAACAACGAUGUGACAUUGAUUAUACAGGACUCCGACGAUGGAUUGACGUUAACUUUGUUAAAAGAUGGUAUCGAAAAGUUAUCUGGCAACAUAGGUUUAUCAACAAACCUUGAAAAUCCCACAUUUUGCGAAAAUACCGAUAACUGUAUCAAUUUCGGCGAAACUAUUUUGACUAUCGACGAAACAAUCGAAAAUUCCUUUAUGUUAACUUGGUCGACGUUUGAUACCGAAGAAACAUUCACGGAUUGCUUUAAUUUAAACGCGGAGACGACGAAUUGGUUCGGAGGACCCGAACAAUGGAAUCAAUAUUGGCCCAUUGAAAAAUUAACAUUAACCAACUUUGCGAAUGUACCCAAAGAAAAUGGAUUCGCCGCGAUUGUUGAGCCUUAUUGGCUAAAUUCGAACGGGGCUUAUAUUUUUGUUGAUCGUCGAACUCCAUUAUUUAUCGAUCAAAAUAGUAAACGAGAUGAUGCGGUUUGUUUUAGCGCUAAGGUUGAAGCACCUUUUGCACCGACGAGAACUAGAAAUCUUUUAAGAUAUUCAAUUUCUGCUAGAGAUAACGCUAGGGAUGGUCAUCUUCAUGCAGUUGAAAAUUUUUUGGGAAAACCAACUGGUCAUCCUGAUAGGAGAAUAAUUAAGAAACCGAUUUGGUCAACUUGGGCAAGAUACAAAAGGCCGAUAAAUGAUUCAAUUUUAUUACAAUACGCAAAUGAAAUCGUGUAUUAUGAAUUUCCAACCGGACAAUUCGAAAUUGAUGAUUACUGGGAGACUUGUUAUGGAUCCCUAACGUUUAGAGAACCCGAAUUUACUAAUAUUCUCGAUACCGUUGCACAAAUUAAAGGAUUAGGGUUCACGGUUUCACUUUGGGUUCACCCCUUUGUAAAUAUAGACUGUUAUCAAACCGAUGUGGGAUUAGCAAAUAAUUAUUUCAUUAAAAAUUUUGAGGGUUCUGUUUUAACCAGUUGGUGGAAUAGCAAUACCAGUGAAGCUCAACAUGUUGAUUUUACAAAUCCGGAAGCCCGUCAAUGGUUUGUCGAUGGAUUAAAGAUUCUUAGAUGGAUUUAUAAUAUUGAUGCUUUCAAAUUUGAUGCUGGGGAAACUUCUUGGGCGCCACAAAUACCCGAUUUAACGGGAGAUGUUGAAUUAUCCCCCAGUUUAUUAACGGAAACUUACGUGAGAAUGUGCGCCGAAUUUGGUGAAUUAAUUGAAGUCAGAACAGGAUGGGGAACUCAAGAUUUACCUGUUUUGGUGAGAAUGAUCGAUAAAGAUUCGAGGUGGGGAACAAAUAACGGCUUCAGGACUUUAAUAACGACUUUAUUGCAAAUGAAUAUUAAUGGUUAUACAAUGGUUUUACCUGAUAUGGUUGGAGGAAAUGGUUACAUUUUUAAACCAUCUCCAGAAUUAUAUAUAAGAUGGCUUCAAGCCAACACUUUUAUGCCAACGAUCCAAUUUAGUUAUGUUCCUUGGGAAUUUGAAACCGAUCAGUAUCCAAUUAUUCAAAUUUCAAAAAAAUUCGUUGAAAUCCAUUCCAUUUUCGCCGAUGAAAUCAUAAGAGUAAUGGAAAAAUCUGUAACGGAUGGUUAUCCCGUUAACCCCCCAAUUUGGUGGGUUGAUCCCUUAAGUUCUGAUGCUUUAAAAGAAGACACCGCUUAUUUAUUGGGUGAAGAUAUUUUGGUAGCUCCUGUUGUUGUUGAAAACGCUGUAACUCGCGAUGUUUACUUACCAACUGGUUCAUGGAUAGAUGCAAACACAGAUGAAAUUUACGAAGGUGGUCAAACUUUAAUCGAUUACCCAGCUCCUAUUGAAGUUUUACCUUAUUUCAUUCGAUCGGGAAGUAAUGCAGAAAAAAUUUAUAAAACGAAAGUGUUAAAACGGGCCUAAACAUUACUUAUUAAAUUUGUCAAUAAAUUAUGAUUCAAACAA